GGCAUGACGUGAUGGAGGGAUGAGAUGACGGACACAGACACACAAGUGCACAUGCAUGCAGGCAAGCCUUCGCAAAAGUAGCGGCAUUCAGCAGCAUACAGAAAGCAGAACAGCCCACUUUGUUCUUUCGACACUGAUGCAUGGAGAGGCUUCCUGUCUUGGUGAAUGUGGAGGCUUGUGAGCCAAUGGAAGGGCAGCGGUGAGGAUGCAACUGUGAUCCAGGAAAAAACAGCCCAUUGUUCCUGAGACGUCGGAGAAGUGUGAUCUCCCUCCUGCCGGCUCUGCCUGCUUGCUCCAACAGCAUACCCAGGAACUGUGCAGCCCAUUGACAAGUCAGAAUGAACGGGGUGGUCCACGUCAAGACAGUUCCCUGCAAGCCUUCCUCAUCAGGGAUCCCCCUCCCCAACAGCCUUCUGCCCUCAUCUCCAAAAUCAGACCCCCGUCACAGGACAUGUAACCUGCCUAAACCCUCAACACACACCCCGAGACACACACCCACACAUACACCUUCACAGUCCCCUCUACUCUGUCCCCGAAACUCCAGAAACUCGGGGCUCUCAUCCAGGCCCCACCCAAGAAGCUCUGCUCAGAAAAGUCAGCUCUUCCAGAGAAAAGGAGCUCUCCCUGUUUCUCAAGUUUCACGCUCUGCCUACAGCAGCCCCCUGACCCACCGUAGAGUACCACCACACUCCAAAGACACACUGGAUCUGGGGAACCCAAUGCCAGCUUAUGUCCCAUCAGAGUUUCUUCAUGAUGGCAAUUGCAACACAAGUGAUUUGAUCAAUAAGAACCAAACCCUGGGGGCCAACAUGUUGCCUUUACCACUACACUUGAAGCGAGAAAACAACUUUAUUCCCCCAGUCCAGGAAAUGAAGGUGAAACACGCUCAAGCAAAACAUCUGCCUUGGUCCUCCACGGCGAACAACGGAAACAUUCAGUCCUCUGUGUCUAAGCCGAGACAAGCGAUCAGAGGUUGCAGCGACUCCAGCAGCCAAUCAGAUGAGGAGAUGGAGUCUCCUGAGGACUGCAGUCCACUCUCUCUUCCUGAUCCACUCAUUAUGUGCACCGUGCCACUCACGUCCAGUGUUCAUUCACCGGAUCACAACCUACAAAGAGAGGAGGCGGAGGCGCAAGGGGCCAGAGUCAACAUGGCCACCGUUGCUCCUUUCAGCUUUAGGCUGCAUAUUCAGGAGAGGGACUUCUCACUGGAGGAACUUAGUGACUGCUCAUCUGGAUCCAUAGAAGUCUGCUGUGAUGACCUCACACAAGGAGGGAUGCUGGAGGCUAAUGUAGCUAACGUUAGCAUGACGGCUAAACCCAGAGAGUUGAACCUCAGGUCUGCAGUUGGAUCCUGCCAGGAUUCUUCAGCUCCGGCCAUGGCUUUCAGGAAGCCACAAACAAAGCCUUCCGCUUUGCCUCAGGGGCCUUCGCGUUCUUCUGGGCCAGAGCUCAAAGUGUACCGACCCUCCUCUGGGUCCAUCCCCGUUCCAAACCCCAAUGUGUCUGGGCUCCGCAAACAGCGCUCACUCGGCAACUUGUGUGUGCUCACUGAUGCCGAGAAGAAGCUGCACUUGUACCAAUCUCCUCGGUGGAAUGAUGAUACCAGCCGGCCUGGUACCGGGAUCAACAAAGCAGGCCAGAGCAGAACAGGUCAAGCGGGUGGUGGGAGACAGCCACUGUCUCGGACACUCUCGAAGUCUGAACAAUCUUUGUUUCACGGAAAGCCAAAGUCCUACUGUACCCCCGUGAUGCCUACAAGUGUGGGCAAGCCGAGUCGAAUCCCAGCACCUGGCAAACCACGAGGGCCCUACGCUGAGGUCAAACCCAUCAGUAAGGCUGGUGAAGGUGGACAGAGCUCAGACACAGAUGCUUCUGACCUCCCCUCCAAAGCAAACACUAAUGGACCAGGGAGUACGGAAACUAUUGGCACAAAAAACAGAGACAAGGGGAGACCUGGAUCUCUGUUAUCAGAGGAAAAGAAAGAGAAGAAAGGAACAGAGGCAGAAGAUGAAAAAGGCUUUCUAAAGGUGGAUCCAGAAUUGGUUGUGACAGUUCUGGGAGACUUAGAACAGCUGCUCUUCAGCCAAAUGCUGGAUCCAGAGUCCCAGAGGAAAAGGACUGUGCAAAAUGUUCUGGAUCUUCGACAGAACCUUGAGGAAACCAUGACCAGCCUCAGAGGAGUCCAGCUAAACCACAGCUGUGUGGAGGGGAGCAUGUGCUACGACAGCGAUGAAGCUGCUGCCUUCUCCGUAUCCAGCCUUUCAAACCGCUCCUCUCCACUGUCAUGGCGCCACGGUCAAGCCAGUCCCCGUCUGCAGGCAGGUGACGCUCCCUCCACAGGUAACACACCGUCAGACGUCCCCCUCCGGAUCAGCCACUCCUCGCGGAUCCACUUAAUCGAAGCUCUGGAGGACUCUGAUCCAUCACUGCUAAAGGGAGAUUACCUCAACGACAGCCAUUUUGGAGGAAAGACCCCAAAGGAGGACGAUGAAGAUGACGAUGAUAUUGAUGAUCUGGAAAAUGGCUGGGAUGAGAGCAGUUCCAUCAGUAGUGGGUUGAGUGACGGUUCAGACAACCUGAGCUCUGAGGAGUUCAACACAAGUCCAACUCUCAACUCCCUUCCAACCACUCCCAUUGGCUCCCGCAGAAGCUCAACUAUUGUGAUGCGCACAGAUGCAGAGAAGAGAUCAUUAGUCGAAAGUGGUCUGUCCUGGGACUCUUAUGAAAAUAAGUCUGGCUCUAAGAGCGAAACCAGCGGCUCCUAUGACACAAGAAGUCUGAAGUCUGAAUCUGGCAGUACGUGGAAGAAAACCAGGCCCCAAGGGGACAAGCUGGAAGGAGGGAAAGGUGAACUGAAGAGACCCCAGACAGUGGGUCUUGGGUUGAAGAAAGGAAGAAACCCACCCGUAGGAGUCACGUCACCGAUUACCCAUACGUCUCAAACUGGGCUCAAAGUGGCUGGUACCGUCAAGUCAGAUGGGAAGCCCAUGGAUAAAUCUCGUUUAUCAGUGAAGGCUUCAGGACUUCAACGUUCCUCCUCUGACGCUGGUAAAGAACAACGGAACAGCACUGGAGCUAGUGAGCACCGGAAACCUCCCACCGGACUAGCCAAGUCCUCCAAUGGUGGAAACUUUGGCUUCAAGAGGCCCACUUCAGCUACCAGCAAUGGCACAAACAACGUCACCGUGCCCACCAUUACAAGCACAAGUGUCAGCUCCAUACCCAUUGGCUCAGCAAGUGCUGGGAAGACCCCUAAAACAUCUGGCAUCCCCAUUAAACCAAGUGUAGGAAGUGCAGGACGUAAGACGAGUUUAGAUGUUUCAAACACCGAUCACACUGGGUUUCUGUCUCCAAGUGCUAGAACUUCUCUCCAAUACCGCUCUCUUCCUCGGCCGGCAAAGACGAGCACCCUGACACUGACUCGGCCAAGCUCAGCUCGGCCAAUCAGCACCAUGGACACAAGCUCUGGCCUCAUCAAACCUUCCACAGUAACACAGCAGGGCUCGAGGCUCAAGGAGCCUGCCUCAGGGCUUCCCUCUGGAACAGGGUUUAGUAAGGCAGUGGGGCGUGGCAUCUCGAGUCCUAGUCCUGUUAAUCAGACAGAUAGAGAGAAGGAGAAAGAAAGAGCCAAAGCUAAAGCAGCUGUAUCUGACUCGGAGUGUGGAAGUGGGUCUCUGAAGGGAGGUCCUGCUCAAACCCCAUCAGAGAACAGUGUGAAGCUGAGCCUGAGACCUCCUGGCAGCAAGGGGAUGGACGUGUCCUCACCCAGCACACACAGAGUAUCUGGGGUGCGCAGCUUAGUGAAGCCUCCAUCCAUAGCCCAGCUUGACAAGUUGAACUCUAACAACCUGGAGUCCGAGGUACAAGACGCUCUGCCUCCGAAGAUCCCUCCCUACUCCAAACUUCAAGACCUCUCAAACUCAGCAGUCAGCUCUUGCCUGACCCCCAGCCCCGCCCCUUUACUUAACGUGAACUCCUCAGCCUGCUUCUCCAGCAAAAGUAUAGGUCUAGGGCCAAGGCAGGCCACUUCUCUUGGGGUUGAAGAAAAUGAAGAGAGAACCUCUCCACUUCUCUACCCUCGAAUGUCUGGGCUGCAUCGAAGUAUGGAGUCUCUGCCUCUCCAGAUGAGUCUGGCCCCACAGUCCCAGGAGAGAGAUAAGGAUAGAGGUAGGGACAAUUUGGUGAGAGGUUACACCAGCUUUGAGUCCAGAGACAAAGCUUUACAGGAAGACAGAGACCCUGCUUCAAGCUGGAGCUGUGAAGGCAAAGUUUCAUCGACCGUCAUAGACAGUUCACAAAGGGACAGGAAUACACUGCCAAAGAAGGGAUUAAGUUUCAACGGCUCCUCCCUGGCUGAGGAGGAAGGGAAGGAGAAAGGAGAAAGGAGGCACUCCCAUACUGUUCUCAGUAUGACCGACUCACUUACUCUUCCAUUACUGUCUUCCCCCACCUCCCUACCCCGCACCUCAAAGAUCAGUAUGGUGUCCAGCCCUGUUGGUGGACCUCCCAGGAUGACUCGGUCCAACAGUAUUCCAGCACCCGACCCCACCGUGGAACUUUAUGGUGCGUCACCGCUGGGCAGCUCACUGUCGCUGAGUGAACGUCCACGCAGCAUGGGUAUGGUUCGCUCUGGAUCCUUCAGGGAUAGGGAACCCAAUGAUGACGUUCAUGGAUCCGUGCUCUCCUUGGCAUCCAAUGCGUCAAGUUACUCCUCGGUGAGUGUGGACAGCAUGCAGAUUCAGGCCGAGGAAAGGAUUCAGGGAGAGCAAAUCCGAAAGUUGAGGAGAGAGUUGGAAUCGUCGCAGGACAAGGUGUCGAGCCUGACCAGCCAGCUGACAGCAAAUGCAAACCUCGUAGCUGCCUUUGAGCAAAGUUUGGCGCUGAUGACAAGUCGACUGCAGAGUCUGUCAAUGAGUCACGAACAGAAGGAUUCCGAGUUGAUGGAAUUGCGUGAGACCAUCGAGGCCAUGAAAGCCAAGAACGAGGAAGCCCAGGCUGUCAUUCAUGGCGCCCUAAACAAUCCAGAAAACAUGAAAGAUCUGCGGAUUCGACGACAGAACUCAUGUGAGAGCAUAUCGAGCUUAAACAGCCUGACGAGUAUGUCAAGUGUGGGAAGCUUAAAGGAUCAAGAUGCCAAGAAGAAGAAAAAGAAGAGCUGGGUCUUUGAGCUGAGGAGCUCCUUUAACAAGGCUUUCAGCAUUAAGAAAGGCUCCAAAACCUACUCAGACAUUGAGGAAAUCACCACGCCGGACUCUUCAGCUCCCAACUCCCCAAAGAUGACUCACGAAGUAGUUGAAGCAGAUGAAAAUGCAGCUUCAUCCCUUAAAACAUCAGGCUCCACUACCUCCUCAGUAAUCAUGGAAACAGCAGAUGAGGGGGACAGCGGAGACAACGCAAUGUCAGAGCUACGCUCAGAGCUCCUGGAGAAAGAACGGAAACUCACAGAUAUCCGACUUGAGGCCUUAAGCUCCGCACAUCAGCUGGAGCAGCUCCGGGAAGCCAUGAACAACAUGCAGUCAACCGUGGAGAAUCUCAAGGCAGAAAACGAUAACUUGAAAACAGGAAGUCAGCUCCAGCUGCCCGGCUCUGGUCCCACCUCUUCCACCUCCCAACCUUCAGGCCUGGCCUCUCUGCUGGGGCCCUCAACAAGGCAGAUGAUGAGCAUGUCGCUCACCAAAUCCUUCAGUUUAAGUUUGAAUGAUUGUAAAGAUCCAGAUGGUUCUUUAGCAGAUUUGCCAAGUCCGACUUCUCAGCAGGGUGGAGGGCAGAGGGCAAAAGUUCUGGUCUGUGUUGGAGAUCAAAUAGAGGACAAGACUCGGCAGCUGCAGUUCUACCUGGGCUCGGUUCCGAUCAGUUCCCGGACUGACUGGGCCUCUCUUGACUCCCUUAUCUCAAGAACCUUCAAAGAUUAUUUGAACCAAGUGGACCCUACAGCAAGUCUUGGUUUGACUGCUGACUCAUUGCACAUGUACCAGCUGGCCCAUGGAGAGCACAGAGUGAUAGGAGAGGAAAAACCCCAGACUACACCUUAUCAGUGCCUCGGUCAUACUCCCACUCAAAUUCUAGUCACUUUAAAAGGUCUCAGAGAAAACUGUGUCGACUCUCUGGUGUUUGAGACCCUGAUUCCCAAGCCCAUGAUGCUGCACUACGUCACCCUGCUGAUGAAGCACAGGCGCCUAGUUCUGUCUGGACCCAGCGGGACUGGAAAGACAUAUCUGGCCCAGCAUCUGGCCCACUACCUCCUGCAGCGGAGUCGGACGGACUCAUCUGAGCCAAGCGGGCUGCGUCACAGCAGUACUGUCACAUUCAACAUGCAUCGGCAGUCGCAGAAGGAGUUGCAGUCGUACCUGUCAAAUCUGGCAAACCAGGUCGACAGAGAGAGUGGAGCAGAGCUACCGUUGGUUGUGAUCAUAGAUGACAUAAGUGAUCCAGCCACCAUCACUGAGCUUGUUAACGGAGCUCUCACCUGCAAGUAUCACAAAUGUCCUUAUAUCAUCGGCACAACCAACCAGCCUAUGAAGAUGACCUCAAACCACGGACUGCACCUCAGCUUCCGGAUGGUGAUGUUCUCCAACAAUGUGGAACCUGCAAACGGAUUCCUUCUAAGAUACCUGCACAGAAAAGCUGUAGAGGCCUACCAGAACGAGGAGAUGAAUUCAGCACAAUGCCGUGCUCUCCUUCAUGUUCUGGACUGGAUCCCUCAGCUCUGGUACCACUUGCACGCUUUUCUGGAGAAGCACAGCACAUCAGACUUCCUCAUAGGCCCCUGCUUCUUCCUGUCGUGUCCUGUUUCAGUGGCAGAGUUCAGGCAGUGGUUCAUCGACCUCUGGAACCACUCCAUCAUACCAUACCUACAGGAGGGAGCUAAAGACGGCAUCAAGGUCCGCGGUCAUAAGGCGGCGUGGGAAGAUCCCGUGGAGUGGGUGAGAGGGACCCUCCCCUGGCCCAAUGCACAACAGGACCAGUCCAAGCUCUUUCACCUACCUCCCCCCACCACCGGUCCAAUUAGUGAAGAAAAGAAGCCUCCUAAAGAUACACCUCCACCCAGCACACUGGAAUCAGACCCACUGAUGGCCAUGUUGCUGAAGCUGCAAGAGUCGGCCAACUACAUCGAGUCUCCGGAGAGAGAAAGCAGUCUGGAUCCCACUCUGCAAGCUGCUCUCUGAAAUGACAUCCCAUCAAUCUUAGAAACCACAGACUCUAAAGAGUCGCAGACACGAGCACUGUCCCAGUGAGAAUUAAAAAAAACUUGGCGAUGAGCUCCUCAAAGUGCUCAGUGAGCACUUUGAACGUUAAAUGGAAAGAUGGUGAUGUGGGGUUGACUUGUGCUACUGUCACCACAAAGGAAAGAAGCUGCUUUCAUAGGAGGCUUUGUUGAUCCCAUUAGGGAAAAUCAAGACUCCCUCCUUCCUCCAGAUGGGCUGUUUUUGAAUCAAAAGGUGCAUGGUAACCCAGGUGAUAUGAUGCAAAGUAUUCUAUACAAUCCUGCUGCUCAUGACCUGUUUGAUCCCUAAUAUUCAUCUUCCACAACUCUCACAUAGACUGGUGCUCACAGUUUUUCUUUGAAGGCUCAUUUUUAAUUUCAGAGAUUAACUCGCCUGAGUCUGACCCCCCCCCCACCCCACCCCAUCCCCCCACAGACAGAGCUAUUAUCUAGAAUGCACUUUAUUUUCUACUCUUAAUAAUUGGGUUUCAGAGGGCUGUGUUAGUGAGCAUUGAAAAGGGGAAUGUCAGUGAAACCAGAAUGUGCAGUUCAAGGGUGAAUCCUGUAGGUGGCAGUAUCCUCACACAUCUGCCUCAGUGCUCCCCUGGGUUUUGAAGGUGCUUCAUAGAAAAUCACCCACAUCCAACAACCACAGAUGUGAACACAGCCUUGAAUGUUUUUCUCUGUUCUGCUCAGACAUGUUGUUUUUCAAAAAAAAACAAAAAAAAUAAAAUAAAAAAAUAUUGGGAUGUAGCGUAUGAGGAACGUGCAUGGAUCGAUAAAAGCAAAAAAAUGUCCACAUCACUCGUUUACUGAUCUAAUGAGUAAAGGACAGAUUAGAUUUUAAAAACCCAACAAAGAAACACCACAACUAAUCAAUGUUAGCUUCUUUAUGUGACCUUGCAUACAGGGUAUUCUGUGUUUAGAUCACUUCAAAACACACAAACUUGUCAUAAAAAAAGAUGCAGCUUUGAAAGUCUUAUUUUUAAUAUAUUUUUGUUUUGUACUGAGUCAUUGCCAUCUAACUCAUGCAGGAACACUUGAUACACCACAUGAUGUGAGACUCUCUGGCACCAAGGCUUACGGUGUAAAAUAUUGUCCUUUUUCCUUUCUAUCAUGUGAUAAUGGUACCUUUAUUACAUCUGAGAAAUGUACAUUCUGAUCCGUUUUUAGGCAUAAUUGAGAUCCAGAGGCUUCCUUCUUCCCGUUAUCGGUUCACACUAAAGAAUUGUGAGAAAAUUCGUAGACUGCAGCAAUUUUUUUCUCACAUUUUGACUGUUAUUGAGGUAAAACUGCUGAUAGCAGAGAUUGGUGCCCUUUGACCUUGAAGUACCUUAGACUGCCAUAUUCUAUCCCGAUGUCCCUCUACGUUCCUUUGGGCGCUGAGAAGUAGAGUCAAGAUGCCUAAGUCUCCCUGUGCCUGAAACUGUUUGGCCUGUCACUGCUCAAGUUUACCUUUGGAGGACUCCAUUUAGAGGAACUGGACUUUCUCUUACCCUCUCCAAUACCACUUUGACAUCUUGAUGCCCAUACUUGUGUGUGUAGAUUGGGGUGUUGGACCUUUAACAGGUGUAUAAGCUGUUACUAAAGAAGUGUCAGAUACCUUUGCAGUGAAAGUGAAUGUGUGGCACGUCUGGGUCUCUAGUGUGCAUUGCAUCAUUUUUGAAGUGUAAACUAUUUGACAUCAUUGAGAACGUGCCUGGGACUGACAAGCAGAACUGGAGCAGGUUUUAGACUCUAAUCACUGUCAUAUAUCAAAAAGUUUCAUAGGACCUACCACGCUCAAACCUUACCACGAGAAAGAUUUUUUUUUAAAAACAGUUCCUCUUCUAAUUGUUUUUACAAGCAUACCAAUGUUGUUUUCUUAUGCAAAUAUUUGUAAAGUUUUCUUUCUCUUUUGUACAUGACAUUACUAUUGUAAACAGUGUAAAUAGUCACUGCAUCUGCGACAACAAUCACAAAAAGUAGAUCUAACAAGGCUGGCCCCUGUAUGCAGAAAAUGGGCUUCCCUUUUGGUUUUACUGUCUUCCUCCAACUGGAAGAAGCAUUUGGCUUAAAAGUUGGCUAAAACUGGUUGUACAGCAUGUCUCUAUAUCCACAUCAAUUCCCCUAUGUGUGACAUAAAGCUGUGGACAUAAUAAAAUCAUGCCAUUCUUUGCA